AUGCUUUCUUCCUUAAAUGGUUCUGACCACUUCAGAUACCCCAUUUUUCACUGUUUGGAUCCCUGUACAACUGUAGUNGACGUUGGUAAAGGUAGUGCACGAGCUUUACGAAAUUUUGGUGCUCGUGUUCUUAUUACAGAAAUUGAUCCAAUUAAUGCUUUACAAGCAGCUAUGGAAGGUUAUGAAGUAACUACGAUGGAAGAAGCAAGCAAAGUAGGACGUAUUUUUGUAACAGCAACUGGAUGUCGAGAUAUUAUAUUAUCUCAACAUAUACUUCAAAUGCCUGACAAUGCAAUUGUUUGUAAUAUCGGUCAUUUUGAUAUUGAAAUUGAUGUUGCUUGGUUAAAUAAAAAUGCUGUCUCGAAAGAAGUGAUCAAACCACAAGUUGAUCGAUAUAAAUUACCAAAUGGACGUUCAAUUAUUUUACUUGCUGAAGGUCGACUUGUCAAUCUUGGUUGUGCUCAUGGUCAUCCAAGUUUUGUUAUGAGCAAUUCAUUUUCGAAUCAAGUAUUAGCACAAAUUGAAUUAUUUACUAAAAAAGAUCAAUAUGCUAUCGGUGUUUAUGUAUUACCUAAGAAGCUUGAUGAAGAAGUUGCUGCCGCUCAUCUUGAUCAUUUAGAUGUUCGUUUAAGUAAAAUGACUACUGAACAAGCAAAUUAUUUGGAUUUAAAUGUAUCGGGUCCAUUUAAACCUGAACAUUAUCGUUAUUAA